AUGGACUACGAAGAGCUUCACACCUAUCUCCCACAUCAUCCGAUCUUCAGAGGCGACAAAUCAACGACGAAAAUCAGACCCGUCUUUGAUGGAGCAGCAAAAACGAAAUUUGGACCAAGUCUGAACGACGUGUUGGAGACCGGACCAAAUCUCAAUCCCGAUCUCCUAUCAGUGCUAUUACGCUUCAGAAAGUACGAGAUUGCCUGGAUCGCCGACAUAGAAAAAGCCUUUCUAAACAUCGCCCUGCAGCCGGAAGACGCUGAAGCAAUCAGGUUUUUAUGGCCCAGGGAUCCAGCAGUGGCUGGAUCGCCUCUAAUUGCCUACAAGUGGAAGAGAGUGCCCUUUGGCCUUAGUUCUAGCCCCUUUCUCCUACGUGUUACAAUUAACAAACAUUUCAAAUCACUAAGGUCUCGUUUUCCAGAAACUAUUCAACAGCUGGAAGAAAGUUUGUACGUUGACGAUUACCUCGGCGGAGCAAACAAUUUAUCAAUCGCCAAGAAAAGAGUCGAUGAGACGGACGAGAUCUUUAGUGACGCCCAACUCAACAUGAGAAGCUGGGCAACCAACAACGAAGACCUCAAACAACACCUGAAGGAGAAAGGACUGUCGAAUCAAGUCGUAGGCCUACUCUCCCCAGCCUUGGACGGCCAACAGAAGGUGUUAGGAAUCCGGUGGGACACCGGAUCCGAUUCGUUCAAAUUCGACCCAGCAUCCAUCAUCCAAGCAGUAGAAGAAGUGGGAUCGGAAAUCACCAAAAGAAAGAUACUCAGUAUCUCGGCAAGGAUUUUUGAUCCAAUUGGAUUUUUAUCUCCCACUGUACUUUUAUUGAAGAUUAUUUACCAGAAGCUCUGGGAAAAGGAGAUAGGUUGGGACCAAGCAGCUCCAGCCGAUAUCCAAAAAUCUUGGAAGAUAGUGAUGACUGGUCUCGCCGAUUUCACCGAACUACAAAUUCCACGAUGGAUCGGACUAUCCGAAAAAGUCACUUCACACGAAAUUCACGUCUUCGGAGACGCUUCUGAAGCAGCGUAUGGAGCCGUAGCCUACGCCCGACUCCAAAUAGGACAAGAAGAUCCACUCAUCAUAUUACUGGCCAGCAAGACGAGAGUUGCACCUCUACCUAAGAAAAAAGUAACUUUACCGCGUUUAGAAUUGCUGAGCUCACUUUUAGCCGUACGUUUAGGUGAAGUCGUAAAGAAUGCAAUGCAAGUCCAGUAUUGGAGAACUAUCUACUGGUCAGACUCCUUGGUUGCACUAGGAUGGAUUAGAGGAGAGCCGAACAAAUGGAAACCAUUCGUCCGAAAUCAAGUGGAAACGAUUCGAAAAUUUUCACAGCCCGAGUGGUGGAGACACUGUCCAGGUCUCCAAAAUCCGGCCGAUCUUGCCUCGCGGGGAGCGCCAGCGCCAACGCUGGUAACCUCAACUCUUUGGUGGAACGGCCCGAUUUGGCUCAAAGGAGAAGAAACGGAAUGGCCAGAUUCUCCCAACGACCAAAUUCCACAAACAAUCCAGUCCGAAAUGGAAUCGGAAGCUAGGAGUACGACGGUCAGCACAACAGCAGCCAUCGCAAUUCCAACAGCCUCCGUCGACUGGAAUCUCGACAAAAUUUCCACCUGGAAUCGACUGUUAAGACGUACAGCCUGGGUCUCACGAUUCCUCAGCAGGAGUCAAAAGAAGCUCAGACCUCCCGGUCCAGAACGAAUGGAGUCGAUAAAGGCAAUUGGACCAGAUGGAAAAGGAAGUGGAAAAGUUAUCCGGAUUACAAGAUUAUCCAGAGAGGAGCUGGAUGAAGCGGAACUAACGAUCUACAGACAGCUCCAACGAGAGCGGUAUCCUAAGGCGUUUGAAUCGCUACAGUUAGACAACACAAUCCAGCCCAAGGAGAAGAUCGCUGCACUUUUCCCAAUCUGGGACGCCAGAGACCGUCUCAUUCGAAUCCAUGGAAGAGUAUCACUUGCCCUAAGAGAUAGAAACAUCGAUCCCCCAAUCUUGCUUCCUGCAUCACAUAUAGUAAUCACUUUUUUAAUUACAGACAAACACGAGUCGCUACUACAUGCAGGAGCAAAGGUGACACUAUCAGAGUUGAAAGAAAAAUUCUGGAUAGUUAAAGGACGACAGCAAGUGAAAAAGACUUUGUUUACUUGUGUGGAAUGUAAAAAGCUGACAUCACCACCAUUCCAGGAAUUAGCAGCCCCUCUUCCUUUAAACCGACUCAAACUUGCACAAUCUUUUCACGUUACAGGAGUCGAUUUCGCUGGACCACUGCUGUACAAACCAGCACAGCGAAGGAAGAAAAGGAAAGCUCCACCAGGCGUCCAGGAUCCGACGCCAGCAGACGAUCCAACUGAAGAGCGAAUCGAGGAGCCACCCACUGAAGGAGACGCUCCAAUCGAAGCUCUAAUCGUAGUCACUCGAGCGGUUCACCUGGAAUUACUACCCGAUAUGACGGCGCGUUCCUUCUUACUAGCCUUCAGAAAAUUCGCAGCUAGACGAGGACCCGUCUCAGUGAUGUAUUCGGACAACGCGCAAACUUUCCGAUGUGUUGAACGAUUCCUGAGAACUAUCCAUGCCGAUCCAACCAUUCAAGAUUUCCUCGCGUCCAGAAAAACCCUUUGGAUAUUUUCCGCCAGCCUAGCGCCAUGGUGGGGAGGAUUCUGGGAACGGAUGGUGAGGAGCGUCAAGGAUCUGCUGCGACGCUCCAACGGUCGAGCCUGCCUUGACUACAUGGAACUGGAAGCGAGUCUAACAGAAAUCGAGAGCGUAAUUAACGCCCGCCCACUCAGCUAUAUUGGGGAAGGAGCUGACGAUCCACUUCCGAUAACUCCAAACCAAUUUCUAAACAACAGACGUUCUACUCGUGCCGAUCCGGAGCCAGCCGUUAACUUGCUAGCUCCAACAUCGACCAGCAUCGUACUACAAGAGAUGGACAAGAACAGGAGGGAAUAUGUCGCUGACAUCUGUGCUAGAUUCGUCGACGAUUAUCUACUCCAACUAGACAACUUCCACUCCAAAGGAAAAUCCGGAAGGAAGAUCCGCCUAGGAGAAGUCGUCGUUAUCCACGACGAAAACUCCAAACGACUCAUGUGGUCUACCGGAGUAGUGAAGGAACUGAUUCCAAGCCGCGACGGACUCAUCCGCUCUGUCAUGCUCAAAGUUCCAAAUGAGCUGCGAGAAGACCUCGCCGAAGACGUCGAAAUUGGAAAUCCGGAACCGAUCCAGGAGCCGGAAGAGGAUCCAAAUCCAACUUUGCCAGAGCCAGAAAUCGAUCUCGCUGUCGGAGACGCUACGCCAGCUCCCGAAGAACCGGAAUGUCGAGCCGGAUGCUACGGGCUCUGGUGGGGAGUGUGUUAG